AUGGCGAAGCCGGUCAUAGCUUUAGGCCCCUUCGUGCCGUUCGGGCAAGAGUUCCUCUCCGAUGAGGCGGGUGGGCACUACCAACUGCUCCCUGUGGAGCGCGAUGGGAUCCUGGCCGAAGAGGAGUUUUACAUCGCCAGCGACGGGCGCUGCAUUUGGAGCAGCGGCCGACAGAUGGUGCGCGGCUUCGAGGCCAGCGAGGCCUCUUCUUCCACCUCCAAGGCAGCGCCUCCGCGGAUCAUCCAUGCCUUUCGUUGUUCUUUCUCCCAGUUGGUGAAGGAGCACCUUCCGGAGCAAGGCGACACCUGGGCGCUGCUGAGUAGUGAGGCCUUGAUGGUGAAGAGCGGCGGAGAAGACUUCACCGCGAGGAUGACCCCCUUGACCGCCAAGCGAGCAUGGCCUUUGGCAGAUGGGGUCAUGAUGCUUGUGUGCGUGGAGGGCAAGGAGCAUGCUUUGAGCUUGGUGGGUCAUCCUUUUAACCUCCCGCGCUGUGUCUCCUUCAUCGAGGCCAGCGACCCGCCCGUGCUGAAGAAGGACCUGCUCUCGGGCGCAGGCGAGUUUCAAAUUCGCUGGGUGAGUCAGGACCUUCCAGUGGCCCUGGCAUAUGCGCCCAAGACCAGGCGCCACAGUAUCUUCCUCCUCCGCCGGCGGCGCAUGGAAGCCGUGGAAGGCCUCGGAACGGGUGGACUGCCCGAGUGCGCUCUGGUAGAGCCAGCGGCUUCGGAGGUCUUUUUGCAGCAACUCCACAUCGUGGCAGAAGAAGGACCUUGUUGUGAGUUGGACGAUGUGAGUCUCCUGGCACCUGAUUGCAACUUCCCCUGCGAACGCAGCGAGAAGGGCGGCUUGCUCAUGGCGCUCUUCAUCAAGAGCACUGGGCGAUGCCUCGUGCUGCGCCUGUGGACCGGAGAGGUCCUGUCGACAGUCACAGCGGUGUCAGCCAUGGCACCGCUCAUGCCAGGACAAGAUCUUCUGCUUCGGACGACGGGGACCUUUGCCUUUGCUCCCUCGCGCUGGCUAGGCUCCCAGCAGUGCCGCCUGGUGCUGCGCGAGCGUGGCGCACCGCCGCUGCCGAGCAAGGAUGCCUUACCACCCGACUGGGCCGAUGAACUCCUUGACCCUUUGGAGUUGACGCGCUGCUCGGCGGUCUUGACCUUUGAUAGGCAUCGUUUGCCACAGUAUCUCUUGCUCCUCAACGAGGGUCGGCUCACCUUGCACUGGGGAGCCGCCGAACUCUUGGAGGUCCAGAUGAAUGAUCAUUUGGGCCACGACUUGCCGGGCCGUCCCACCUGGAUCGGCGAUGCCGUGGCGCACCGCUUCACGCUGCGCACCGAGGACGGCAAGAGCUACCGCUGCAUGGCACCGCUGGAACCCCAAAGCCCACGCCUGGCAGGCCUCAUGUCAGCGGUCUCGGCGCUCUCGAGCAAAGCCUUGGCAGAGGCGUUAGCCAGUGACGUGCAGGUGUGGUGCGUCGCGGAUGGUGCUGGGCGGCGUUCCCCGGAGGAUGAGGAUGACGAGGAGUGGUGGCGCUUCUGUGAGCUUUUCUUUUGCCUCUUGGAACAGGCGCUCUCCGAUGGUGUGCCCAGCAUGUCGCCGCCUUACAAGCGCCUACGCAAGACGCAGUGCGACCAGGACAUGGAUUCUGAUUGGGACUGGCUUUUGGGAAGCGAUGUGCAUGCGCUUCAGCGGCACCGCUUUCCGGGGCUCAGCGACUCGCAGGACUUCAAGCCCCACCCGGAGCUGAGGAGUCCGCGAUCGGAGCUGGAAGCCACGAGCUCGGAGCUUUGGCAGCGAGAGCUGCGCACGGCGCCGCUAGUGAGGGAGCACCUGGAACAGCUCUUCCUUUGUUUCCAUCUGCUGUACGAGGAGUGGAAGUUGCACACCUUGCAGGCGCGGCUUCUGCCCUCCAUGGCCUUGUUCUUGUACGCUUUGGCCAAGCGCUUGAAGCUUCCAAACUUCGAGCGGCACUACGGUAAGGACUAUCCAAUGGUGGAGGACUCGGCUCUGGCCAUGACGCGCUUUGGAGGCUAUGGAGCUUGGCUUUGGCAGAAUGCGGAAGGGGAGGUGCCUCCGGUGCCCUUGCUGCAGAAGCUCCGCGAGGGACCGGUGCCCAACAUCUUAGCCACCUGCAGGCGGCGCGGGCACGAGAUCUAUCCCGAGAUCUUCCCUUUGAGCUCUUUGCUCUUGACUUUGCAUCGGCUCCUGCAGAACCGUCCGCGGCCGGGCGCGCGGCAGGGUUUGGAACCGGUGGCGAUCCAGGGUGCCCCAGCAACGCUUUUGACUCCUCCGGCACCCUUACUGCCCUUCAGUGCAGGUGGCCGGGCGCUGCCGGGCGCGGAGCGCGCACGCUUCGUGCGGCGAUGGCUGUUGGAACGGGCGGGACGCCCCGAGACGCCCGCCUGGGAGGCUGCCCUGGUGCUCCUGGUUCAGCACCAAGUCACGCCCAGCGACGUGGAGCUGUGGACGUUGGCUUUGGCGCUGCCGGUGCAGGAGUGCUUGCGCGCCGCGGCGGAGGAACCGCGGAACGACUGGCUGGUGGAGGCGUACAUGUUGAUCGGCCGCGAGGACUUGGCGUUGAUGGCCCAGCCGGUCAAGGGUGAAGCGACCCUCACUUCCAGGCGCUUCCGGGACUUGCUCGAUGCCACCGAGGAUCUCUCGGCCACCAGCGCGGAUCCCAUGGCCUCGCCCGAAUGGCUCAAUCGGAUGUUCGACAAGGACCGACGAGCACAGGAGGUGGCGCGGCUGCUCAGCUCCUCGCGGCCCCAGACCUUGCGCGUGCCCCGGAGACCGGAACAGACGGAUCUGGACUUCGAGCACAGCAAACAGACGCGCUUGGCUCAGGCCGCGUUGCGGCAAAGUGCCUUGUGUGUGGGCCGCGGCGCUUUCACCUUGGGCGCUUUGCGUCCGCUACCCACUGAGCUGCUGCCCAUCCCAGCGCUGGUGCUCUCCGGUCGAUUCCCCCCACAGGCCGGGGUGCAAUCGUUAGACCCCAGCCAUCACGAUGUGAAGCUCAACGUCUGGGCCGAAUUCAACAACGGCGUUGCUGCCGCGUUGCAGGUCGCCGCCUCCAGCGACGUCUCGCGCGGCUGGAUCGCUCACCACAGGUCAGCCUCUACACCAGCCACCACGGAUGGCCAGGUCUCCAGCAAUGCACAUGCUGGGUUCUUGCUUGGCCUGGGGCUGCGCGGUGGACUCAAGGUGCUGCCCGUGGCCGAUUGCUAUAAGUAUUUGCGCUUGCAGCACGAGACCACGAGCGCGGCGGUGAUCCUGGGCCUGGCGGCGUCGCACGUCUCCAGCAUGGACUCAGGGCUCACGCGGACGUGCUGCGUGCACAUCCCUUCGAUGUUGCCUGCCACCUUCUCGGACGUCGAGGUGUCCAGCCCAGUACAAUGCAGCGCAGUGUUGGCCUUGGGCUUGCUGUAUGCAGGCUCGGGGCAUCGCAUGAUGACCGAGCUGCUGGUGGCCGAGAUCGGUCGCAAACCCACGGACCGAGUGCUGCACGACCGGGAGGGCUACUCCCUGACGGCAGGCUUCGCCUUGGGCUGCGUUUGUCUUGGACAGGGCUCCGAUGCCGCCGGGCUGGCAGACCUUCAGCUGGACACGUGGCUCUUACGCUACAUCCUCGGUGGGCCAGAGAUGCCGAUGCCAGGUGUAGCCACACGCGAGACCAAGCGACAACAGGAGCCGACGUGUCAACUCUCCGAGCCGGAGGGCAUCAACACCUGCAUCACCGCGCCGGCGGGGUGCAUCGCCUUGGCGUUAGUCUUCCUCCACCCGGGAACCACAGAGAGCGGCGACGGUGGUGGUGGCACCAACUGUGAAGCGGUUGCUUCCCGUGUGGCCAUCCCGCAGAACUUGUUUCAGCUGGAGCAAUUGCGCCCAGACUUUGCGAUGCUUCGAAUUGUGGCGAAGAAUCUCAUUCUGUGGGACCAGAUCGAACCCACGGAAGCAUGGCUCGAGAGGCAAGUGCCAGCAUUCCUGCUGGCAUUGAACGAAGAGAAUGCAACUGAUGACCUGGACUGGCUUCUGGUGGGGCAGACGAAGGCAAAUCUGGCCGCAGGUGGCUGCUUGGCGUUGGGUCUACGAUUCGCCGGCUCUUCCAACAAAGCCGCGAAGCAGCUCCUCAUUGCCAGACUCUUGGCCUUCCGCGAUGCCAAGCGCUCCGAUGCGCACCCGGCACUCAUGGCCUCGCGACCGGCGCCAGACGACUUGGACGUGAUCACUUUGGAGACCUGCCAAUCUACUGUGGCCAUGGCGUUGGGGAUGGUCAUGGCCGGCACAGGAGAUCUAGAUGCUUUGCGGACUUUGAGAAGUUUGCGGAAGAAGACCUCCUUGGACACAGGUUACGGUGUACAUAUGGCAACACACAUGGCGAUCGGAUGGGUCUGUCUUGGUGGAGGACGCUACACCUUCAACCAGGAACCUCUCUCCAUCGCUGCCCUGCUCAUGGCGGCUUUUCCACGUCUACCGAUGGGGUUGGUGGACAACCGGUGUCACUUGCAGGCGUUUCGCCAUUUGUAUGCUUUGGCUGCCAGGCAUCACUGCAUCGAGGCUGUGGAGGUGGAUUCCAAACAACCGGCACAUGUCCAUGUGACCUUGGAGACAGAGACCGGCACAGAUCUUGAGACGGAGACGCUCCGUUUCCCGAGGCUGCUCCUGGCUGGCAAAGAGGUUCGCUCCAUCAGCAUCAACAGCGAGGGUUUCUGGCCUGUCACCAUCCAAAGGGCUGAAUCAGGCACUCCAGCAGCGCGCUGGAUGAAGGCCGUGGACGAAACACGGCGGCUCUAUGUCAAGCGCUGUGGCCCUGAGCGGCCAGACAGCAGACUCGAGUCGCAGGCGUGGUUUCCAACCUUCACGGCACCAGAUGCCAAUCAUGUGGAGCGGUUGACCAUGGCCAAGUUGGCCUUUGGAGCACCUGGUGAAGGACCAAAUGAGCCUGGAGUGGUGAGUGCAGCUGAGUGGGCAGCAGCCUUUUGCUGCCCCACCCCACCACCACUCCCACCAGGCACUUGUUUGGCUGACUUUGAUGGUCCUGACAGCACCCUGGUGGAGCGGUUUGCUCGAAUCCUGGAUGAAGGCCGGUCAGAUGACCCCAAGAAACCUUUGCGCUCACAGCUUCCCUGCACGGCGUUGCUCGCACAGAAACUGCAUGAGUGUGUCAUGGAAUCGAAGCUGGCACGACCCACAGAGUAG